AUGGACUCAAAGUUCUCAGAAACUACAAGAAGAUCUGUUGUCUACUCUAAUAAAGGUAUCGUGGCUUCCUCGCAGACUUUGGCAUCUGCAGCCGGUCUUAGAAUCUUAGACCAAGGUGGAAACGCAGCUAUGGCUGCCGUUGCAGCUGCUGCCGUCUUGGGACUUUUGGAACCCCACAUGACAAGUCCUGGUGGUGACAUUUUCACACUAUUUUACGACUCAAAGUCCCAAACUGUUAAGGGAAUUAAUGGUUCGGGCAGAUCUCCUCAAAAUCUUUCCUAUGAUCAACUUGUAAAAGAUCUCAAUUCCAUCAACAAUAAAAAUACAAGUGGUAUUCCAGGGAUUCCUGCUACCCAUGUACACUCCGUGACUGUGCCUGGUGCAGUUGCCGGCUGGAUAGAUACUGUCGAUACAUUUGGAAAUGGUAAAUUGUCAUUGGCCCAAAUCCUUGAGCCCGCUAUUCGGCUUGCUCGUGAAGGUGCGCCUGUUCCUGAAGUUUCUGCAGGACUGUGGAAGGCUGGUAUCAAGAAACUGGUGGCUGUCGAGCGUGCUGGUAGUGAUAACACUGAUGGCGGCAAUGCUUUACUUCUUCCAACAGAUAAUGGUUCUCAAGAAGACAAAUUUAGAGCGCCCGAACCAGGUGAAUCGUAUGUCAACGAAGACUUGGCCAAGGUUUAUGAGAAAAUAGCAAAAGAAGGUAAGGCUGGGUUUUACAAGGGCGAGGUGGCAGAUAAGAUAGUGGAGGCUGUCAAGGCUCGUGGGGGGUACUUGACACAUGAGGAUUUGGCGGCACACGAGUCGACUAUUUUGGAUUCUGAUGAUGCCCCACCAAUCUCUACUACUUGGAAGGUCCCAGGUUCCGCAAAAACCUUACGUGUACAUGAAAUUCCACCCAAUGGCCAAGGUAUUGUUGCACUCCAGACCUUGGCUAUUCUUCAGGCUUUAGAAAAGUCCGGCAAACUGGGCCAGUCUCUUGGUUCUUAUACCCAUAACUCGACAGAGUAUUUGCAUCUUUUGAUUGAGUCUCUUAAGAGUUCAUUCCGAGAUGUCGGAUCGCGUGUCAUUUCAGAUCUGAGCGCAGCUUCUAACAAAAAUGUGCCUGCACCUGAAACUUUUUUGACUGAAGAAUACAUUAAUGCUCAGCUACAAAAUUCUACUACUAGCAACAUUAAGUUUGAUGCUUCCAAAGCCUCAGAAAAUGUAGCGUAUCUUGGUUCCAAGUCAGAUACCGUGUAUCUGACAGCUACGGACCAAUGGGGAAACGCGUGCUCUUUCAUUAACAGCGUCUAUGGGCUUUUCGGGUCAGGUAUUGUACCGCGUGAGUCUGGGUUUGUUUUGCAAAACAGAGGCGGCAACUUUAACUUGAUCAAGGGCAGUGUUAAUGUGUAUGAGCCUGGAAAGAGACCUUACCAUACCAUUAUUCCAGCCAUGGUGACGGUGGAUCAUUCUGAGGGAAAAAAGGGUCUUAAGACUGGGGAUUUGUAUAUGACAUAUGGUGUAAUGGGUGGGUUUAUGCAACCACAAGGUCAUGUCCAAGUACUUUUGAAUCUAACAUUAUUUGGGUUUAAUGAGCAGGAGGCUCUUGAUGCUCCACGAAUCUGUCUCAUGUCUCGAGAUGAUGAACCUCAGUCAGGGGCAUUUCCUCAGGGUGGUACACCGGGCGGUCCUACGACUACCAAGACGACUGUUGUUGCGAUUGAAAAAGGCAUUCCGGAGGAAACAAUUGAAGGUCUUAAGGCAUUGGGCCACGAGAUUGUUGUUCUUGAGGGUGAUCAGCGGUCAUUAUUUGGCCGUGGACAGGUGGUUCGAUAUAAUGCACGUAAGGAUACAAAGUAUUCAGCAGGUAGCGAUCCCAGAGGUGAUGGUGCGGCUCUUCCCCAGGUGUUUUAA